CUUCCAAACAGGACGCAGCACUUUCCAGAAAACGUUCAGAGCAAGAACAAUCUUCAGCCAUGGCCGAGAGACGCAUUCCCUUCAGCUUCAUGCACGGCCCAUCCUGGGACCCUUUCCGCGACUGGUACCAGGGCAUCCGGGUCUUUGAUCAACCUUUCCGGAUGCCGCCCUUCUCUGAGGAGACGUCCACUUUUCCCAGCACACACUGGCCAGGAUACAUUCGGCCCUUUGGAUUUUCUGAAAUGGCUCCUUUAUUGCAGCGCCAAAUGGCUCAGAUGUUGCCCUCUUCGACCAUGAUGCAUCCCCUGAACUACAGCCGGGCACUUUUCCGAGAGAUGAGCUCAGGAAUGUCUGAGAUAAAGCAGACGCCGGAAGCCUGGAAGAUCAGCCUGGACGUCAGUCACUUCGCCCCAGAGGAGCUGACGGUGAAGACCAAAGAUGGGGUGGUGGAGAUCACUGGCAAACAUGAGGAGAGGAAGGAUGAACAUGGCUUUGUGUCCAGAUGUUUUACCAGAAAAUACACUCUGCCCUUUGGUGUUGACUCUGAGAAGAUCACCUCCUGUCUGUCUCCUGAGGGCGUCCUGACCAUUGAGGCUCCUCUGCCCAAACCUGCCACCCUGGGCUCUGAAAUCAACAUCCCUGUUAACACAGGCAGCGCAGUGACUGCAAACACGACAAAGAAACCCUGAGCACUAUGACAUGCUCACACACACACACACACACACACACACAAGCAGGUCAGAACGGUACUUUGAACUUGUUCACAAAAGCAAAUUC